CGAAAGAUGAUUAAAAUAGGAAAAUCAAAUAUAAGGAAAAAUCGGUCCAAUUGUUUAUCGUUAUUUCGUGAAAUCUGUAUUUCGAGCAAAAAGCACCACCGGCAAGUGUUUCGCCGCCGGCUGAACGACGUAAUCGUUCCAUUUGCUUCGCAAUCAGAUUACACAGCUACUUCUCACUCUAAGGUUUGAGGUAAACAAACAAGAGGAGAUAUGAGUAGGAAAGGUGUGAAAUGGGAUGAAGCAAAUCUUGGGGAAAUUGAAGCAAAUAAACCUGUAAGACAGAAAAUCACUGAACCAAAGACUCCAUAUCAUCCAAUGCUUGAUGUUGAUGGAUCUUCGUCUCCCAAUAUACGUAGGGAUACCAGUUUUCUAGAAGGCGAUGACAACACCAUUCAUGCAGAAGCAAUUCGUUCUGCAUUGAAUGACGUGGCAUCUUCUAGUAAUAGUAGUAAUAACAACCUCCAACGUGCCAGCUGGACAUCAUCGGAAGAUGAAGCUGAUUACAUGGACCAAGAUUCGGAGACGGGGAGAGGAAAGGGGUUUAAAGAGCACAGGCGGGCCCACUACGAUGAAUUCCAUAAAGUUAAGGAAAUGGAACGGAAAGGUUCUCUGGAUGACGUGUCGUCUGACGAGGAUGGAGGGAAUAGGAAGAAAACAAACGGGAAACGUGGGUUGUCCACGUCAUCGUCCUCGCUGGCAAUUGGUUUGGAGGAUAUUGACCUCAAAGACACGGCUACAGAUUUAUCGCCUCCGAGGGGAUCUCACAAUUGAAUUGAAUGUCAUUCGAUCCAUGGCUUAAUUGAAUGUCAUUGAUGAUGAAUAAGAAUUUUUCAAUGUGUAUGUGUGUG